AUGGAUAAUAGAGAAAGCAAGAGAGUUCCAGAAAAAAUCUACUUCCGCUUCAUGUACUAUUCUAAAGCCUUUGACUGUGUGGAUCACAACAACAUGUGGCAAGUUCUUAAAGAGAUGGGAGUACCAGAUCAUCUCAUCCGCCUCCUGAAGAAUCUGUAUGUGGACCAAGAAGCCACAGUCAGAACCGAACAUGGGACAACAGAAUGGUUCAAGAUCAGGAAAGGAGUGCGACAAGGUUGUAUAUUGUCACCUUAUUUAUUCAACUUAUAUGCGCAAUACAUAAUGCAUAAGGCUGGGCUGGAUGAAUCCAAAAAUGGAAUCAAUAUUGCUGGAAGAAAUAUCAACAACCUCAGAUACGCGGAUUAUACUACUCUGAUGGCUGAAAGUGAGGAAGAACUAAAGGACCUAUUGAUGAGGGUAAAAGAAGAGAGUGCAAAAGCUGGUUUGCUGCUCAACGUUAAAAAGACUAAGAUCAUGACAAACAGCAAUCUCAGUUCCUGGCAAAUAGAUGGGGAAGAAGUGGAGGCAGUGACAGAUUUUAUUUUCCUGGGAUCCAAGAUCUCUUCAGAUGGUGAAUGUAGUCAUGAAAUUAAAAGAUAUUUGCUUCUGGGGAGGAAAGCUAUGGCAUGCUUGGACAAGCUGUUAAAAACUAAAGAUAUUACACUAUCAACAAAGGUCUGCAUAGUCAGAACUAUGGUAUUUCCAGUUGUAACAUACGGAUGUUAG